AUGUACUCACAACACGCAGCCGCGGGCAUGGCCCCCCAAAAACCAGAGACCUUUAUGCUGAGCACCGAGGCCCAGCAAGCGCUUCCUCACGACGCUCAGGUUGCUCUGCAACAGGUUGAUAACCUGAAAUACUUCCUCAUCUCUGCUCCCGUCGACUGGCAGCCCGACCAGUACAUCCGCAGAUUCCUCCUCCCCACAGGCGAAUAUGUCUCCUGCGUGCUAUGGAACAACCUCUUCCACAUCUCCGGCACUGACAUCGUCAGGUGUCUGUCCUUCAGAUUCCAGGCCUUCGGCCGCCCAGUGAAGAACUCCAAGAAGUUCGAGGAGGGUAUCUUCUCCGACCUGAGAAACCUGAAGUCCGGAACCGAUGCCUCGCUCGAGGAGCCCAAGAGCCCCUUCCUUGACUUCCUCUACAAGAACAACUGCAUCCGAACGCAAAAGAAGCAGAAGGUCUUUUACUGGUACAGCGUACCCCACGACAGACUGUUCCUCGACGCUCUGGAGCGUGACCUCAAGCGAGAAAAGAUGGGCCAGGAAGCCACCACUGUCGCCGUCAGCGAGCCCGCUCUGUCCUUCCAGUACGACUCGUCGCAGUCGCUCUACGAGCAGCUCACCAAGGCCCAGCAGGCCAACUCGUCCUCUUUCAACGCCCAGCAGGUGACUUUCUCCCAGUCCCAGUCCACUUCUCCCGUCAUGAGGGCCAUGGACUCAAUGCCUCCCCCGCAGAUGAUCCCCCAAUCGGUGGCCCCCAUGGCGGAUGGCAUGGACGCGAUGGUGCCUUACGGAGCGAUGGGCAUGCCCCAGCCGAUGCCUCAGCAGCAGAUGGUCAAGAGAGAGCCUGAUUUCGGCCGCGUCCAGUACAACCAGAACGGCGUUCCCCUUACUCAGGGUCACCAGAGACACGCUUCGAUGCCCGCCUACGGCCUCGAGUAUUCCCCCGCUCCUUCCUUCGUCUCCUCUCAGUACGAGGACUACAGCAACCGAGGAAUCUCCUUUGAGCCCAUCACCCCCCCUCAGCAGGCUCUCGGCAUGGCCGCAGAGCCCGCAUACAUCGCCAACGAGGAGACCGGCCUGUACACGGCCAUUCCCGACCACAUGGGCGGCAACGUCAACGGUCUCAAUGGCAUGAUGCAGCUCCCCCCCUCCAACCUGGCCGGACCUCAAUUCUCCCGAGCCUACGGCGCUAACAAUGUCUACUCGGUGAUUGAGGGAUCCCCGACCUACAAGCAGAGGAGACGCCGUUCCUCCAUCCCGCCCUCGAUGUCGGCUAUCGCCGCUGCGACCGCCCAAGCUCAGGCUCAGGCCGCGGCGCAGCAGCAGCAACACCAGCAGCACCAGCAUCAGCACCAGCACAGACCCUCGGAUCUCCGGCGGUCGGUCUCUGCAUCCGUCGGCCCCGUCGCUGAGGGCGACGAGUCUGCGAACAACUCCCCACCUGGCCUUGCCUACAGCAGCUCCGCCAUGUCCAUGGUAAGCCAGCAGCACAAGGAGAUGCUGGAGAUGUCCCGACAUGGCACCCCGCUGUCCACUGUCGAGGGCAGCCCAGCACUCAACCCCAUGUCCCUUCAGCAGCAAGACUUUUCCCACCUCACCAAUGACGACUUGUCGGGUGAGGGUUCUAUGAACGGCGCGCCGCGGCCCGGUAUGCAGGGCCCCAACGGCGUCGUUCGCAGAGCCCGCUCCGCAACCGUCAUGGAACUUGGACCCUACCCCCAAAAGUCCCACUCCUGCCCCAUCCCCACGUGUGGCCGCCUCUUCAAGCGUCUCGAGCACCUCAAGCGACACGUGAGAACACAUACACAAGAAAGACCCUACAUCUGCCCUUAUUGUAGCAAGGCAUUCUCCAGAUCAGACAACCUAGCACAACACAAGCGUACUCAUGAUCGUGGUGAGAACGGCGAGGCCGCCCUCAACUACUCGGGCGAGGAGGAGGAAGAGUACUCUGGCGAGGACCAGCUCGGUUCUCUCGAGGAGGCUUCCCCCACUUCUGAGAACGCCUACGUCACGGCCUCCCUCAACGGCGUCGCCAACAGCUCGUCGACGCCCACAUCGGCCGGUAUGGCGCCGUCGGCGUCUUACAACAGCUUGCAGACGCUCAGCAUGCCGAUGACUAUUAGCCAGCCGGCAGUGAACGCGAGCGCCAUUAUGUGA